AUGGAUUUUCUACAGUUAAACGAAACUUCAUCAACACUACUGGAGUUUACCGAAACCCAAAUCAAUGGCUCUGAACAAGCCAUAAAGGCAUCAGUGGAAGUUAACAACAUCACCUGUUGCAAUGCGUCUGUCAUCCCGCGUCCCCGAGCACGGCAGAAAGAGAUGGACUCGGUGCGCAUCCUGCUCUACACGCUCAUCUUCCUCCUCAGCGUCUUCGGGAACCUGCUCAUCAUCGCCGUGCUGACGCUCAACAAGCGCAUGCGCACCGUCACCAACUGCUUCCUGCUGUCGCUGGCCGUCAGCGACCUCAUGCUGGCCGUCUUCUGCAUGCCCUUCACGCUCAUCCCCAACCUGCUCCAGGACUUCAUCUUCGGCGCCGCCAUGUGCAAGAUCGUCACCUACUUCAUGGGUAUUUCCGUCAGCAUCUCUACCUUCAGCCUGGUCGCCAUAGCGAUUGAGAGGUACAGUGCCAUCUGCAACCCGCUCAAGUCUCGCUCCUGGCAGACCCCUUCCCACGCCUACAAGGUCAUCGCGGCGACCUGGGUCAUAUCUGUGAUCAUCAUGGUUCCGUAUCCGGUGUUCAGCCGGCUGAUGCCGUUCACCAAACCCAACAACUCCAGGGGCCACAUGUGUCGACUGGACUGGCCCUGGGAGCAUGUGGAGCAGACCUGGUACAUCCUGCUGCUGCUGGUGCUCUUCCUCAUCCCUGGAGUGGUGAUGAUGAUCGCCUACGGCCUCAUCUCCAGAGAGCUCUACCGGGGCAUCCAGUUCGAGCUGGAUCAGAAGAACGAGGCCUCCGGGAUGAAAAAUGGCCUGAACGUUGUCGUCUCCCCUAGCGGCGGCGGCGGCGGUGGCAGCGGGGGCAGCGACGAAAGCGACGGCUGCUACAUCCAGGUGCCCAAGAAAGGCGCGGCGGCGGGGAUGGUGGCGUCGUCGUCGUCCGGCAACUCCAUGAAGCUGUCGCCGCUGACCGCUCCGUCCCGCGCGGCGGCGGCCGCCGAGCGCCCGCGCUCCAACACGUCGGAGGCCAAGCUGCUGGCCAAGAAGCGCGUGAUCCGCAUGCUCCUGGUCAUCGUGGCCAUGUUCUUCGUCUGCUGGAUGCCGCUGUACUCGGCCAACACGUGGAAGGCGUUCGACCCGCCGUCGGCCCACUGGGCGCUCUCGGGCGCGCCCAUCUCGCUCAUCCAGCUGCUGUCGUACACCUCGGCCUGCGUCAACCCCGUCAUCUACUGCUUCAUGAACAAGCGCUUCCGCAAGGCGCUGCUCGCCACCUUCUGCGCCGGGUGCCUGUGCAGGCGGGCGCUGCCGUGGCCGGGCCGCGCUGCGGGCAGGAAGUGCCGCGGGGCCGACGACGACGUCACCGUCGUGACGACGGGCAUGUCCAAGGUCAGCUACAUGUCCGUCAGCACGGUGAUUCCACCCUAA